GGAUUUCUGAACACAUGUACUCAAAUGUGUCGAUUAUUCCAUGAAAGUCGCAGUUCUAUUCCAUCAGGUAGCUUAAGAUUGGCGCCAAUAUGCGAAGAGAAUCCUUGUAGCAUUAAAUCUUGGUUGAUCGUUACUUUUCAGAUGGAAUUUUUCCCUAAAAAAGUAGUCUGUGUAGUUGUCGGGACACUGAAUUCUUGUGCGAAAUUUUGACCAUGAAUAUAGUAUCUUCGGUUAAUAAUUCUGGUAACAACGUUGAUGAAGAAAACGAGAAAGACAAAAUUUCAUAUCUCAUUCGAAAGCUGCCUGUUCUGGGAAACUUGUUUCACAUACACGGUAAAAUCGGGAAAGGGACAUUCAGCUCUGUGUUUUUAGCCACUUUAAAGUCAUCCACAAACCAGCGUAAAUUUGCCAUCAAACAUCUAGUGCCUACGUGUCAUCCGAGGAGAAUUGAACGUGAGCUACAAUGUUUGCAGGACAUAGGAGGUACCGAUUAUGUUGUUGAGUUGGACUUGUGUCUGCGGAGUGCAGAAUGCAUCGUGUUCGUAAUGCCGUAUAUGAAGCAUGAUAGGUUCGCUGAAUAUGUUCACGGCAUGACCGUUGAUGAGACUAGAAACUAUAUGAAAGCGCUGCUGGUUGCCCUGCGGCGAGUACAUAAGUUUAAUAUUAUACACCGGGAUGUAAAACCUAGUAAUUUCCUCUACAAUCGUGCUAUGAAACAGUAUCGACUAGUCGAUUUUGGGCUAGCGCAGCAGUAUACUACUGAAAGUAACACAAGUAGUCAGGCAGAAACAUGUGUCAUUGAAUCUCAGCCAGGAAAAAGAAAAAGAAACGAUGUGAAUGACGAGACAGGUCCUGUAAAAAAUACUGGCAAGCCUAUAGAUGUGCAAUGCAUAUGCUAUGGAAAACCUCGAAUAUGUUCUAUCUGCCUAUCAAAAUCUGCUCAAACUGCCCCUCGUGCUGGUACGCCUGGAUUUAGAGCACCGGAGGUGCUACUCAAGUUCCCUUCGCAAACGUCAGCAAUUGAUAUUUGGGCCAGCGGUGUCAUAAUGCUUUGCAUCCUGAGUGGAACUCACCCUUUCUUUCGUUCGCCAGAUGACUGCACAGCCUUGGCUGAGAUAACAACAAUCUUUGGUUCGACCAAAAUGCAACAAUGUGCCAAAAAAUUGGGUAGAAAACUUACAUUUAGCGAAAACAUACCUGGAAUUGAUAUUAAGUUGCUUUGUCAAAAAUUACAAAAGAGAAAUAGCCUUCAUCGAGAGGAGGAUCCCAACACUAGUUGUAGUAACAAGAAUCAGGAAAAAAUUGAUACUGCCUAUCCUUCGGCAGCAUAUGAUUUAUUAAUUAGGCUGCUCGAUCCAGAUCACUGUACAAGAAUAACUGCGGAAGAAGCGAUAAAUCACACUUUUCUCGCAGACUAACCAUUUGUAUUUAAUUACUUACGUGUCUCGUCAGAAAUUCAUUCUUGCAAAUACUGUUACCUGAUUUUAAACAACGAACAUGUAAUACGUUUCAACAAUGUAUAAAAUUGGUCUCUAGUUGCCUGAGAAUCACAGUGAUGAAGUGUGAUUUAUACGAUCUGCAAAGUUCAUCUGAUAAUACGUGCCUUGUAAAACAUCAAUACAAUUACGAUGUGUUUGUUUGUUCAAAUAAUGUAUAUAGAGAAUAUUUUUAUAUUUAUUAUUAAUAUAAGUAUUGACUUCUGUCGUUUACUAUAUAAAUCAAAACUAUACAUAAGUUCGUUAAAAUAAAAAUUAAUAUAUUUUAUUUAAAAUGCAAGUUUGCCAGUAAUUUUAAAGAACAACUUUUCAAAAGUUGUCUUGUUGUAUAUAAAAGAGAUGUAUUGAAUGGUUGAAAAUUAUUUAGCAAUGUACUAUCAAUUUUGAUAUUUCGACAAUUCCUAUAACUCAAUCUCGUCAGGUAAACACAAUAGUCGUGUAGUAGGUAUAAAUAUAUUUUAUUAUAAUAUAUUAUCGAAAUAAAUACUGUACAAAUUUUUUCCAACAAUUUAAAUUACAAAAUUUUAACUUGCCAAUAUCCAAGUGCAUUAAUACUAUGUUACAGUGUAAGUAAGAAUGAACUUAUAGAAUUCUUAAGUAUAAAUCAAAAUGAUUGAACAUUAUCUAGUGCCAAAAAUAUUUUUAAGUACUUGAGUGCGUUCAUCUAGAAUCUUCAGAACAAUGAAUGAUGAUGUAUGAAAAUGUUGUGAUAUCAAUAAUAACUAAAAUAAUUUCUGAUGUAAGAAAACGUCACACAGUU